AUGGACGAGUAUACCAGAUUACCAUCCGUCAUCACGUCUUACAAACAGAGCCUCAACACCGGAUAUCUACAAGGCACCAACACCAAGCCUGACAUACAUUUUUGCAAAAACGUAUUCGAUCAGCUAGCAAGUCGAGCUUCGAUAUUGGUUGAUGAGAUAUAUCGGAUCAACAAAACUGAUAGGAAGAAGUGUCGAAAGGCUUUGAAGGAUAUACAAAGUAAUUGUCACAGUUUCAGUGCGGAUACGGAGGAAUGGAAGACUUUCUUCAAUCCUUCUAUCCAAUCUGACGAAAGGACCUGGUUGUAUCAACACCUAGAAGACGCUAUCUCAAAUUAUGAUUCAGCCGAAGAGUUCAAGCAAUUGUUGAUAGGUACGAUCAAGACGGAUCAGCCUGAUGAAUCUGAUGUGAAGCUAUUAUCGGGCAGGCUGAAAAGUAUGGCGCAGGAGAGCCUAGAGGGGGAAAUAGCCCAGGACUAUCUGGAGAGCCAAGCCUUGAGCUUUUUGAGAGAGCGGAAUGAGUGGUACAAAUACCUUCAGGAACUUUUGGAGAUGUUGGAGGACGAUUUGAAUUCAUAA